AUGGCGAUUGCUCCCUAUACUUGCACUGAUGCUGAUAUGGACGGUCUGUCUAUGGCCUCUGGGGAGAUACAGCGCGUCUCCCCGACGACGCAGGACUCGAGCCCCAGCACAGAACCAGACACGACGAAAGUAGAGAAAGUCGAACACACGACGCCCGAUUUCAUCUUGUCGUCGCAGUACGACGAAGCAGUCAUCAAGACGCCGCCCGCCGUCCACGAAACGAAGCCGCUUAACCGCCUGCUCGUCACCUUCGUGUACUUCGAGUCCCCGACGGCCCGGGUGAACCUGGCGUAUUUUGUGAAACACGGCCUCCACGACGCCGCCGACUUCAUCUUCGUCUUUAACGGGGAGACUAACGCGACGAGCUUCCUUCCGAAAAAGGACAAUGUCAGAAUCGUAAGGCGAGACAACACCUGUUACGAUCUGGGCGCCACGGGCGAGGUCUUGAGGACGAAUGAGCUGUGGAAGAAGUACGACCGCUUCAUCAUGAUGAACGCGAGUCUGAGGGGCCCGUUCUUGCCCCAAUGGACCGGGGACUGCUGGUCAGACCUCUUCCUGAAUAAAAUAACAGACCAGGUCAAGCUUGUCGGAAUAACCGCCAACUGCAUACCGCGCUUCCACGUCCAGUCGAUGAUCUGGGCGACGGACCGCGUCGGCGUGGAGCUCCUCCUCGACCCGUCCAAGAUCCCCGGCGCCGCGGUGGCCGACCGCUACGGCAACGCGUCGGACCCGAUCGGCCUCAGCGCGUGCUACAACGAGUACCGCAAGGCCAUCCACUCGGAGAUCGGCAGCACGGCCAUCAUCACGACGGCCGGGUACAAGGUGGACGUGAUGAUGACGUCCUUCUACGGCGUCGCGCGGGGGGACCCGGAGACGUACUGCCCCAACGUGCCCAGGAAGAACAAGGACGACACGCUGCGGCAGGGGGACUACUUCGGGUCCACGAUUCACCCGUUCGAGACGGUGUUUAUCAAGACGAAUCGGAAUAUCGACCCGGUGGGCAUCGAGAACUUGUCGAGGUGGAUGGCGGGAGGGGGGUAUACGAGUUACGGCAAGUAUCUCGACGAAAGGCGCGCCGACGGCAUGUUCUCGUCGUACCACCAGAAACCCUCCGCCGCGCCCCGGUGGGCGCAGCCGCCGAACCUCAAACACCCAGCCCGGUUCCGCUACCGGACCAUCUUCGUCGCCCUCGGCCUGACGUGGCUCUGUCUGUUCUGGCUGUGGGGUGCCCGCCGCGGGCUGUUCCGCUUCGGCGGCCGCACGGGUAUGCCCUCGGCCUCGUGGAGGACGAACACCUCGCAGCUGGUGCCGCCCCGGAUCUGGCAGAUCAUGCUGCCCAAGGACGCACCCCGGGCCAGCGAGGACGCCGUGAUUGACCCGGAGAGUCUGCGUAACUCGGCUUCGUGGAUCGCUGCGAAUCCGGGAUACUCGUACACCCUGGUCGGCGAGAAAGCGGGCAUGGAGUUCGUCAGGGAGCACUUCGCCGCGGUCCCGCGCAUCGUCGAGGCGUACGCCAACAUGCCCAACAUCGGGAUGAAGUCGGACCUCCUGCGGUACCUCCUCCUCGGGAUCGAGGGCGGGGUGUACACGGACGUGGACACGGUGGCGCUGCGGCCGAUCGACGACUGGAUCCCGGCGGGGCUGCGCGAGCGGGUGCGGCUCGUGGUCGGGGUGGAGUUCGACCGGCGCGAGGGCGGGGUGUGGCCGGACAAGACGCACUGGGUGCAGUUCUGCCAGUGGACGAUCGCGGCGGCGCCGGGGCACCCGGUGUUCCGGCGGAUGGCGGCGCGGGCGGUGGCGGCGCUGGAGGGGCUGGAGGCGGCGCAGGGGGUGCCGCUGGGGGAGGUGAGGCUGAUGACGGUGGACGUGGCGAACGUGACGGGCGUCGCGGCGUGGACGGAGACGGUGUUUGGGAUGUUGAGGGAGUACGACGAGACGCUGAGGGACGUGAGGAUGUUGUCGGGCAUGACGGAGCCGAGGCUGGUCGGGGACGUGUUGGUGUUGCCGAUUGACGGGUUCGGGAUGGGGCAGCCGCACUCGGGGAGUUCGAACGGGCGGCCGCCUGAGGCUGCGUUGAUGAGGCAUCUGUUUCAUGGGUCUUGGAUGACGGAUUGA